CGCCCCCCUCCCAUCGCGUUGUCAGGCGCGCGGCAGAGACACGUCAGGGCGGUUGGGCCCUGGCGGGCGCGUUGGCGGCGGUGCCCGCGCGCGCGGCGCUUCCAGCACUUUCUGCGCGGGAGCGGUGGCGCCGGCGGCGCCUGCCCCUCGCCUCCGCGCUUCUCGCUUUUCCGCUUUUCCUUCCGCCCUGGCGGAGGGUUUUUUUUGUUUGCUUCUGUUACAAUCUGCAAGGACCCGCCAGCCCCCCUGCUCGGGCUUGGGUUCCGCUUCCGCCUUCGUGUACGGGCGGGGCGGGGCGGUGUCGUCCGUUGGAGCGGGAGCGAGUCGCGCGGGCCGGGCCGGGCCGCCGCCAUGGAGACGCUGUACCGGCUGCCCUUCGCCGUGCUCGAGUGCCCCAACAUCAAGCUGAAGCGGCCGAGCUGGGUGCACAUGCCCUCGGCCAUGACCGUCUACGCGCUGGUGGUGGUGUCCUACUUCCUCAUCACCGGAGGAAUUAUCUACGAUGUGAUCGUGGAACCCCCGAGCGUUGGGUCUAUGACAGACGAACACGGGCACCAAAGGCCGGUGGCCUUCUUGGCCUACAGAGUAAACGGGCAAUAUAUUAUGGAAGGGCUCGCAUCCAGUUUCCUCUUCACAAUGGGCGGCCUAGGAUUCAUCAUUCUCGAUCGAUCCAAUGCACCAAAUAUCCCCAAGUUGAAUAGAUUUCUCUUGCUUUUUAUUGGAUUUGUAAGCGUGCUUUUGAGCUUCUUCAUGGCCAGAGUUUUCAUGAGGAUGAAAUUACCGGGAUACUUGAUGGGUUAGUACCUCUUUUGGUAUAUGAAAGCCCAAGCUGAAUUUACUCCUCUUCAUGAAGUGUUUAAGAAGAAGCAGUGAUCGACGAAUUCCAUAGUCACUAUCAACAGGAAAAAGACCUGGUCAUGAGAAACAGCUGGGGAAAGGGUGCUGUCUCUGCAAACUUUCAUUACCAAUGGCUGAUUUAGGUUUAAAACAGCGUUUUAUCAUUUCUGUUCUAGUGCUUUUGAAAAGAGCAAGUUACCUAGUUAGUUGUUUAAAUCCCACUUCAUAUGAAACAGUGAACCUAUCUUUAGCUCUACCCUGAAAUGAGUAUUAGCCAUUGGUUUGACAGUUCUUUAUUGUGAGAUCUGUUCCCUGUGUGGGAAGAUUGUAUGUUUGAAUUGGGGAAGAAAUACCUGAAACCUGUCUUUCCUCGUUGUAAUUAAAAAAUCAGAAACUUUGGAUGCUUUACAGUCAAAACAAAGCAUGUCUGAAAUGAUUUCAAAGGCAUCUUUUGCCUUAAUAUUAAUGGCUCUUUAUGAGCAAAUCCAGAUAUGCACUGGGAAAGAGGAAAACUGUAUGAAUGUGCAUUUCUUUUUUGAAACGGUGUACGAAAGGAGACAAAUAAAACUUAUUUUCUACAAAAUUA